UGAACUCUCUCUUCUUCUCUCUGUUAACCAAUUCUACUAUUGUAUAGAAGCAUCUUUAUGUGAUAUGUCAACUUGUGAAGUUUGUGAACUACUAGAAUUAGAAAGAUUAGGGAAAGGAACUAGAGAUUAUUAGUGUAUAUAUGAUAAAUGAUGCUGCUGUUCACAUUGUCUUGAUUGUCCGUUUGGAGCUGCUGUUUGCCUGGGUGGUGGUGUUGACAUUUCUUGAUUAUUUUUGUCAAAUACGUCUCCAUUGUCUACCUUCUUUUUCUCAGUCAAAUCAUUGAAAUACUAAUUGUGAAAGGUUCACAUACAAAGUAUGCUAGUUGCAGCAGGCUAGCACACAAGUACUAGUUCUGUAUUAGUCAUGACUGGCUUGCCUACAGGGCCUGUUGCCAGAUUGAAUUGCAUAGAAAAUUUGAUUAGAACAAAGUAUGCUAGUAGAAGCAGGCUAGCACACAAGUACCGCACUGUAUUCCCAAGUCGUAGAAAACAUCAUGCUAGAAUGUGGCAUAUCAUUUUUGAUUUUGAGAUAGCUAACAGACUUGCCGCCCGGUAGAAAGUGACAUAUCAAAUUUGACUAGAACAAAGUACAUGCCAGAUAAGAGGAGCAGUGUUGUACUGGCACGAAUUGCAUAUUUGCAUUUGAUUUGACAUGAACCAAAACCAGAAAUCCAAAAGAAUAACUUAUAUCAUUAAUGCAUCAGCUGAAGAAAAACAUACCUAGUUUCAGAGUUGGGAAUGAGGCCGAUGCAGACCUACAGUAUGGAUGAGUGACCAGGGACGCAUGUACGUAGCGAGCCGGCGGCGGCAAAGCAGCGUCCGGAGCCGAGCGCGCGGCAGACUCCGUGGAGGGCCAUCGUUGCAGCAGGCGGCAGCCGAGCGGACGUUUCGUUUGCUCUGCAAUUAAUUUCCAAGAAGAGUUGAUGCGGUGUCGUCUCGCCUCCCGAUUUAAGCACUGCAAUUUCCUUUUAUUUAAGUGGAGAUUGCUCGUGUACGCAUGAACAGGGGCGAGGGAUGCUGAGAAAGUCUGUCGCUUUUCUGUUUUCUGGGCUUUUGUAAGGGAGUGGGGGCACUAGACCUAGGCCGACUGGGGGCUUUGCUGGGCUAGUAUUCGACAUAUACAGGGAGGGCCAAAAAUUGAGUGGGGUCCUGGCCCCCCACUCAUCAUAACCUGGGUCCGCCCCUGAAUAAAGACCAACUCUGUUUAAGGAAUUAUAGGAAGAUAUGUUCAUGUUAGUUUUGUCCUGGUGCAUUUGGAUCUUCAUCUAGCAACAGAGGCAAAAAUAGGUGGUCCUGUGGCCUACCGUUCAAUGUGGUUUCUGGAAAGGUAUCUCUGUGUCCUGAAGUCAUAUGUGCGUAACAGAGCACAUCCAGAAGGAUCUAUCGCUGAAGCACAUCUUGCAGACGAGUGCAUGAUGUUUUGUUCAAGAUAUAUUGAUGGUUUCGCCACCAAGCAUAAUCGGCCUUCAAGGAAUGACGAUGACGAUGAGGCGGUUGAUGUUGAACAAGGAUCAACUCUGUUUCCUUCUGUAGGAAAACCACUUGGAAAGCCUGGCAAUUAUGUUCUUAGAGGGUUGGCUAAAUUCCAAGCACAUAGAUAUGUGUUGUUCAACUGCUCAGAUGUCAACCCAUUCUUUCGAGCUCACACUGAUGAGAUCACUAGCGAGCGUGAUGUCUCCUCAAACACGGUCGAGUCCAUCCAACAUGAUAAGUUCAAGGACUGGUUCAAGGCUCAUACGAAUCAAGAUGGCGACGAACGGCAACAAUGGAUGGAUGAUGAUGAACAGCGGCGGCGAAGAAAAUAAGUGGCAGCGUAGAAUGAUAAUGAAGUGGAUGAUGGUGUAUGCGGAUGCGGCGUGAACAAAACGUGACCAGAACUCGAAACUCUAAAAGACUAGACACUAAAACCAGCAACUCGACACACGAUGCAACCCAAAAUUCAACAAUGCAAAAACGAAGUGGUAAUAGCAAAAAGGCUCAGACUGUCUGGGACACGGAUGAACUAAUCUAACUUUUUUUGUGGUUUUUUCUUGGACUCUAGGUAUGAAGAACAUAUGCAAUCUAGACUAUGAAAACCUGAAAAA